AUGACACAACUUUUCACCUCCUCCUCUGGGCAGACCAGCGGCGUGAGACAUGAGAAACGCAGCAACUUCGCCGGCAUAUCAUUGGCCACGAAGAAACACUCCUCCAAUGACUCCUCCCAUUUCCCUACGAAGUUGAAGAACUUCUUCCGCAUCAACAGCUCGUCCUCCACAAACAGUAAUAGCAACAACAACAACAAUAGCGAUGGCUCCCAUGGCGCUGUUGGCCAGAACGCCGGCUCCUCUGGGUCGGGUAAAUCGGAGACCAAGAUGACCUUCCGGCAGUCGCGUUUUCUUCCCACUAUUACCAGAAAUCGAUCGACGACAACCGCCAGUGAAGGAAACCUGCUAGACGAAGGCAUGUCCCCGACUGCUCAUGCGAAUCCGUACUUUGCUCAUCAGGGCCACCCGGCCCUGAGACAUCGGAACGACGGCAGCGUGUCCUCGGUCAAUGCCGAUACCCCUGAGUUGCAGGUGGAUGGUGUCGCGGCUGGAGACCAGGCCACAACGGCGGGCAAAGAGGAGCUAGCGAGAAAGUUGAGAAGGGUCGCUUCCGCACCAAAUGCGCAGGGAUUGUUUUCUUCUGGCAAAUCGGAUGAGAGGCCGAGGACAGCGGAGCUGGGGAAAGAGCCGUUGGUGGAACAUGGUGCUGCUACUGGUGGUGUUGGUGUCGGCGACGGGGCCAGAUUGAGCCUGGUUGAUGCGCCGUCCAAGAGCAAUUCGCUUGCGGUGCCCGGUGUGGAUGAGCUGUCGAAUCUUCCCCCGCCAAGCUUGAAUCGUAAUCCCAUUGCAUUUAGGAGGACGUAUAGCUCAAAUUCUAUCAAGGUGCGGAAUGUUGAGGUCGGGCCUGGGAGUUUUGAUAAGAUCAAGUUGAUUGGGAAAGGGGAUGUGGGGAAAGUGUAUUUGGUGAGGGAGAAGAAGUCAAGUCGGUUGUAUGCGAUGAAAGCAAGAAGGGAGAUGAUCAAGCGGAAUAAGAUCAAGAGAGCUCUGGCCGAGCAGGAGAUUCUUGCUACAAGCAACCAUCCAUUUAUUGUCACGUUAUAUCAUUCCUUCCAGUCUGAGGAUCACCUGUAUCUGUGCAUGGAGUAUUGCAGUGGUGGCGAGUUUUUCAGAGAUACCAAGUCAUGUAUCGCCGAUUUCAGAACGAAUUCGUUCGUAGGCACGGAGGAAUAUAUCGCACCGGAGGUUAUCAAGGGUGAUGGACAUACGAGCGCCGUUGAUUGGUGGACCCUAGGCAUCUUGAUAUACGAGAUGCUCUUUGGGACUACGCCGUUCAAGGGCAAGAGUCGCAACGGAACCUUUGCCAACAUAUUAAGGGAUGAAGUACCGUUCCCGGAGAGUUCAGGUUCGCCGCAGAUAUCGAAUAUUUGCAAAUCCCUCAUCCGCAAGCUCCUCAUCAAAGACGAAACCCGCCGACUAGGAGCACGCGCAGGUGCUUCGGACGUGAAAACUCAUCCUUUCUUCCGUACCACACAGUGGGCACUUAUUCGCCACAUGAAACCGCCCAUGAUACCACACCAAGGCCGAGCAACCGAUACUAUCAACUUCCGGAAUGUCAAAGAAAGCGGUAGUGUUGAUAUCGGCGGCUCGGCAAAGGCCAAGGGGGUACCUCUGGACUCCGGGCUGACAACUCCAUCGGGGGAAGCGGUGCCGGAUCCCUUUGAGGACUUCAAUAGCGUCACACUUCACCAUGACGGGGAGGAACUUGGACAUCAUAUGAUUGAUGAUCGUGUGCCGUCGCCGUCGAAUAGGCGGUGA